UCCUAGUGACAGCUCGGGCUGGUCUGAUGCAUGUCCCGGCAUCAGAAAACAGACACCUUUGAACAGGCUGGACUUAUUAAUUGUCUGUCCCAUUUUGGUGAGCUUGUCAGUUGAGCCGCCGACAUGUGUGCUGCCAAGAAGGGAGACUUGUCUCCGAGUGAAAAGGACUUGUUUGAUGUUAUCUCGGCAGGAAAUGUCCAAGAGGCCUCAAGACUGCUAGGCUGCAAAGAUGUCAGAGUCAACUGUUUGGAUGAGUACGGCAUGACGCCGCUCAUGCACGCCGCCUACAAAGGCAAAGCAGACAUGUGCAAGCUGCUGCUGCAACACGGUGCCGACGUCAACUGCAACCAACACGAGCACGGCUACACGGCGCUCAUGUUCGCCGGCCUGUCAGGGAAGACGGACAUCACAUGGAUGAUGUUAGACGCCGGGGCAGAAACGGACGUGGUCAAUUCUGUGGGAAGAACCGCUGCGCAGAUGGCCGCAUUUGUUGGUCAACAUGACUGCGUCACCGUCAUCAACAACUUCUUCUCUCGCGCCCGCCUUGACUAUUACACCAAAGCUCAGGGUUUGGAGAAAGAACCCAAGCUGCCCCCCAAACUGGCCGGACCCCUGCACAAGGUCAUCAUGAGCACUAACCUCAACCCCGUCAAGAUGGUGAUGCUGGUGAAGGAGAACCCGCUGCUGGCCGAGCCGGAGGCUUUGGACAAGUGUCGUCGCGUGAUGGAGCUCAUCUGCGAGAAGUGCAUGAAGCAGCAGGACAUGAACGAGGUGCUCGCCAUGAAGAUGCACUACAUCAGCUGCAUACUGGCCAAGUGCGCCUCCUUCCUCAAGGACCACGACGACAAGCUGGACGGCCUCAUGAAGAGCCUUCUGAAGGGCCGAGACGGAGACGGCUUCCCGGUGUACCAGGAAAAGUUCCUCCGAGAGUGCGUACGCAAGUACCCCUACUGCGACGCCACGCUGCUGCAGCAGCUGGUCCGCAGCAUCGCACCCGUGGAGAUUGGUAACGACCCAACGGCGCUCUCGGUGCUGACCCAGGCCAUCACGGGUCAGGUAGGCUUCAUGGACGCAGAGUUCUGUACUUCCUGCGGAGAGAAGGGUGCCGAGAAGAGGUGCUCCGUCUGUAAAAUGGUGAUCUACUGCGACCAAGCGUGUCAGAAGAUGCACUGGUUCACUCACAAGAAAGUGUGCAAGAAGCUUCAGGAGCAGCGGGAGAAGCAGGAAGCCCACUCCAACAAAGUCAGAACGGCUCAGGGCACAGAGGAGAGUACAGCCGUGCAGGAGGCCUCAGACUCCAUGACGCAACUCUCCACGGAGGACAACAGUGAGGUUGCCCCCGCCGAGGCCUGAAACCCCGCCCCCGUUGUCCCCGCCGCCGACAACUGAGGAGCUCCGGUGACAGCGGCUGGCUCCACAACACAUCCGUUCUCCGGGAAGCAACCAGCUGACUGGCAGUGGCGCUGAAGACCACCGUGUGGACUGGUGGUCCAGGAGACGCUCGCGGGAAGACCCCUGAGGUGCCGUGUGGUCUUUGUCCUUGUUCCUUUCUAACCCCACCAUCUUGCAGUACGUGGAAAAACACUAGAAACACUAGAAAUUCUGCCUUUUAAAAAGUAGCAGAGUAACACAAACUUGUUUUGUACUCGUUGUGGCUUGUGAUGACCAAAAUUGGAUAUUUGAAAUAUUUAUACAACAACACCACAGGAGAGUAGAAGUAGCAUAUAAGAUGGAUGGCGUUCUACAGGAGUUCCGUAAGUUGUGCUGAUGGCCACCAAUGCGUUCAAUAAACACAAUUGCUAAAUUCAA